AUGCGUUACUCGUGGCUCAUCGGCCUCCUGGUAGCCCUCUUGGGCUUCACCGUCACGGCCAGCCCCGUCCGUCGGCAGCAGCAGUUCGUCGGAUACCUCAUAUCGACCUUCUCCGACCCUGUCCCGAGAGUUCAGCAGUAUCUCUCUAACGGCAACGACCCUCUGAGCUACCGGAAGCUCAACGGCGGCAACCCCGUGCUGACCUCGACGGUGGGCACCCGGGCGGUGCGAGACAUCUACCUGACCAGCAACAGCGCCCGCUCCGAGUACUUUAUUAUCGCCACGGAUCUAGACAUCAACGCCCCCGGAUUCAGUUGGGACCGCGCCACCCGCACCGGCAGCCGCGGCAUCGUCGUCUGGCGCUCCACCGACCUCGUCAACUGGUCCGGCCCCAACCUCCGCACCGUCGAGAGCCCGACGGCCGGCAUGACCUGGGCGCCCUCCGCCGUCUGGGACGACGCCACGAGCCAGUACUACGUCUUCUGGUCCUCGCGCCACUAUGCCGCCAACGACCCCAACCACACGGGCCUCGCCGGGCUCGACCGCAUCCGGUAUGCCACCACGCGCGACUUCGUCACGUUCAGCGCGCCCCAAGACUACUACACACCGACCGACAUCCCUGUCAUUGACCAGGAGUUCCUGUACCUGGGCCAGCCGGGGCACUACGUUCGCUUCAUUAAGGAUGAGAGGACGAACCAGAUCUUCCAGGAGAGGACCACGGGCGGGCUCUUCGGGUCUUGGACUCGUAUCCCUGGGUUCGUUCGUAACGAGACCCCUCGUGAGGGCGCUGUGGCCUUCCGAAACAACCUGGACCCGAAUCUGUAUCAUCUCUGGCUGGAUGACUACGUCCAAUAUCUCCCCUACCAGACUACUAACAUUUUAAACCCUGGUAUCUGGACGCCUUCGAAUAGGAACGGGUUCCCUGGUGGUGUGAAGCACGGCUCCGUGUUCCCACUUACGCAGGCCGAGUAUGACAGGAUCAAGGCACGAUACCCCUGA